AAGAACACAUCCCAAGGACAACAGCAGGCCCAAAUCCCACAGGUUCCACUCUUGCCUGAUGUUUCGCUUCAAGGAUCGAGUGAGGAUGGACCAGAGGCAACCUGUAAGGGACAUCCAGACAGAAAACACAGAGAGCAAGCUGAGGAAACUGGCCCUCAAAUGGUUUACGGAGACCCAGGCACCUCUCAUUCUACAUAAUGGGAAUUUUCCAGAAUGGUUCCAAGGAUUCAUCAGCAGAAAGGAUACAGAGGAGCAUUUAAAAGACAAGAAAUUGGGCUGCUUCCUCAUUCGGCUCAGUGAUAAAGCCACUGGAUACAUUCUGUCAUAUAAAGGUCGUGAUCGAUGUCGGCACUUUGUCAUCAAUCAGAAUAAAGAGGGACGCUUCAUUGUGACGGGUGACACAGAGAUGCACGAUACACUGACCAGCCUUAUCGAGUAUUACAAGACAAGCCCCAUUGAACCUUUUGGAGAGUAUCUGACACUGUCAUGUUUUGAGUCUUCCACAAGCGACCUGUAUGAUGUGGUUCAUUUUGACCUGAGGGAAAAGCCAGGUGUGAGUGUAAAAGUUGUGAAGGAUUUUUGGCAUCAGCAGUGUGAAAAGACCAAUGAGAUCCUGCAGCCUCCAGCCCUGCCGCCCAAAGGCAACAGAAACACACAGUCAGUACCUCCAGUGCCAAGAAAAAGCCCUCCUAUAAAAUCUGCUUCCUUGGAAAUCAAACACAGCCCAGAAAACGUGCUGUAUACUCAGGUGGAACUGCAGAGGCCCAAAGAAAGAGUCAGAACGUCCACUGAGGACAUUUCACUUACAGCUCUUAGGGUCAACCAAGGAGCACACCCCAAAGACCCCAGACUGCAGAAAAAACCUGAUGUAAAUCAAGGAACCAUAUACUCUGAACUCAUAGUGCCAAACUGCCGAAGUCAGUCCCUUCCUUUCCUGGAUGAUGACAAUGAACAAGACGAACAGUUCUACAGGAAAAGCCAACCCCACCUGUCUUCUCACAUACAGAGUGAACAGCUCAGUAAUCCACCAACCAACAGGGUGCCAGGUCUCAGCAGCAGUCUGGAUAAGCUAUGCAAUAAUUCUCUCUAUCAACUAGCUGGAACAUCUGGCAACCAAAGCGUAGCAGGGCAGGGAAUGUCAAUGGCCAACAUGCAAUGGAAUGAUGUUGCGUAUGCUGAGGUGUCUCUCGAAUCCAUUCCUAAUCACAUUCACGUGGAUGACACAUACGAGCAGAUUCCAGACGCACGGCCAACAGCCAGAGACGAGGAGAAUUCAGCUCACACUAAUACAUAUGAGACGCUAACCGACCUAAAACCAAAGCAGAUCUUUGCUGCCAGAGGCAUUAAGACUGAGAAAUGGAAAUGGCUGUCCCCUGAAUACUGGAAAAAAUAACUCUUCAUUCUCUUCAGCAGCUGAUACAGAUAAAUGUGUUUCCAGGCUUGAAUCACAGUCAUCACAAAAUGACACUUAUCUGAGAAUGGUCAUAGAAAAUCCUAACAGUCCGAGAAAAAGCUAACUUUAUUUACUUUGAAGCAGUUUCUGAUUAUUGAAUACUAGAAAUACUAGAACCGAGCUUUAUUCUUUAUCAACUGUGAAAUGUUUUUAAGUAUUUGUGAAAUAUUUUAAUUUGUAUAUGUUUACUUACUAUUUAUUGACUUAAUAAACAUCACAUUUCUGU